AUGGCGGACGAGGAAGUGAGAGCCAAGCCGGCAUGGUUGGAUCCGUCCCAUCUACACAACCAGCAGCAAGCUUUGCUGGUCCUGUUGCAGGCUUGCCUGGCAGUUCUGGCGGAUGCCCAGAUAGCGUGCUGGCUGACGGGAGGGUCGCUUCUGGGAGCCCUACGGCACGGCGGCUUCAUCCCACACGACGACGAUGUGGACCUGGAGGUCUUGGCUACAGACCUUGCAAAGAUGAAAGCCGCCUUCGGAGGCACGCCAUCGUUGGUAUUCCGCCUUGGCGGACGCUGGAAUGCGACGGCUGUCGCCCAUGUCGGGCUGAGGUCCGACCCAGAGAAGGACUGCGAAGUGGAGCUCGACAUCUUUCUGCGUGAGGCAAGGCCCAAAGCGACAGGUGGUGUGGCACCUUCGGCCUUUGCGAUCCCUGUAGUCCCGAUGCUGAGCGCCCGCCGUUGGACAGCGGACGCUUGUUCCGGCCUGGGGAUGUCCGCGACAGAAGCAGAUCUGGCCUUUGAUCAGAGCAUCUGCCUGAUGACCCUUUCGGUCUUACCGUCGAUCUUCCUGUGCAUGCUCCAGUUUAUCUUCCACUCCUUCGGGGAGCUCUUGCACUUGCUGGGUUUCCUGGGAGUUUCUCUGCUGGCCUUCAAGCGCGGCAUCGCGCCAGCAUUCUUCCCGCGUGUGGAUCAUCCGCUGCACUGGUUGGACCGUAUUCGGUGGAUGAUAUGUUGCUUUUGCUACGCAGGUCUGGUUGUGAUCUCCACCUCCUCGAAUGGGCCGGUCUACGCCUAUACCUGUCUGUGGCCCGUGAUGCAGACAAGCCUUGCCAGCUUUAGCAGACUUGGCCUCGACGAGAGCUAUCAGGGCAUCGCCGGCGCCACGCUGGUCCAGCUGAAAGAUGCCCGUUUGGACAUGACGAGGGUCGGCGCGGCGGCUCAUUGCAGCGACUGCAGUGCCAAGCAGUGUAUGUUUAAAGACUGCAGGGGACCUGCCCAUCUGCCGGAUGUCGCUGGCUUCGUGAAGGACUGGGGCUUCGACCAAGUGGACACCCAGGGCUCCUUGCCGACCCUGGUGGGUGAUGUGGGAGCGGAGGUCGACCAGUCAGGCGGUAGCUCUUGCUCCAUAACUUGCGUGUACGCGGUUCCGAUUGUGACUUCAAAUGCAUCUUCGACGCCCCUUGCCUGGGCCAUCCAGUCGGGUAGGCCCCCCGAAGAGGACCAAAGUGUCCUGAUGGGAGCGACUCGCUUCUCCUGGUGGGUCGGCACACGAGAGGCAUACCAGAUAGCUAUGGAUGAGGUGAUUUCACACCAGCUGCCCAAGCGAGUCAGGCAUUGCACCGGGCAGGAUCCCAUCCUUGGAUCAGGGCGGUGGACUGAGAAGUGUAGCGCUCGCGGCUUCGUAAAUUGCCACGGCGCCUUGCUGGCAGGAAGGUGCUGCUGUCCCGUAGGCUUCCGGAUCCAUGGCGGUGUCUGCCAAGCUUGUGGCGGCAUUGCCACCCACGUCAGCUCUUUACACCACCUGCCCCUCCUCUACAUUUUGCACGCUGACUCUGGCAAGCUUGCGUUCAGGCUGAUGGCGGCCUUGUCCCUGAUCUUGCUUCCGCUGCCCUGGGCUGGGCUUGCGCGGCUGCUGUGGCACGUGGCUUGCACCAGGGACUGCGCGUCCCUGCACCGCUACAGGAUCCACCACGAGCGGCAUAUCGUUGCCAUGGCCUGGCGCAAGCGGGGCAAGAAUGACGAGAAGCAGGACGGUGCCGUGCGCGUGCAGGUGAGCUCGCUGGCCGGCGAGACGAAGGUUCUUCUCAUGGCGCCCAGGUCCUUGCUUGCUCACCUGCGCCAAGCCGUCGCCGACGCCUUCGACCUCGGCUUCGAGUCUGUUGGUCUAGUCCAAGGUACCACACCCCUCGAUCCGGAGAAGGACUUCCAGUCACUGCAGCACCUGGGGCUCACGGAUGCGCUCAACGGCCCAAGCCUCACUCUGGUCGUCUGCGCCGGCGAGGGCACCAACCGCCGGGCGAAGCUUGCCGGCUCCUCUGAGACAGACGCCCUGUCCUUCUUCCGGCGUAGCCGCAAUGUGUACAAGGCCCUAGAUUGCAAGCACCAGCUUCAGGCGGCCCCGGCCACGGUCGCCAACUUUGGGGACACGUACACCCAAGGAUGGACCUGCCACGGCUGCGAGGCACACUUCCCUCCUGGCAGCCUCCUUCGCCGCUGCGAUACCUGUGCGGUAGACUUCUGCCCAAGCUGCGCGGCUCACUGA